AUUAUAAUCAUGGGUGGAGGUCCGAUUUGAGGCUGCUGAGAAGAAGAGAGAGUUCAGAUAAGGCAAGGACAAGAAGGAUAUUAUGUAUUUGAGAAAGGAAAAAUGUUUUCAAAAUAUGAGCAAAUAUCAUUGACCCAUGAAGACAUCCUUCUUCCCUGUGAGAGGAAGCAUUAUGAAAUAAAACAAUUCAAAGGCACCCAAUAUCCCAUUCUGAACCCAGAAGGAGAACAAAUCGCCAAGCAAGAAAUUUUUGACAUUAUUUGUGAGAUUAAAAAUAAAUAGAAAUGAGCUCAGAAAUUUUAAGAGUAAGGAUAGACAGAUAGUGGGGAAAUUGAGAAGGCAGGUGAAGAUGUUGAUUGAGGAGAAGGAUAGGAAGGUGCAAGUGCUGGACACGGCUGUUAGUGUGAGAGAGGUGUAUAAUUUCUCUUUCUAUUCUUACUCUAUCAUUAGCGGACUAAUUCAUCAAGUAUAGAUCAAGCAGUCUCUAAUCGUCAAACCAAAUCUACCAAAAC